UUGACAUAUAAAAAAUUUGUAAACAAAUGUUUGAAGGUUGGUAGCACUGCUGUUAUGCAAACGACUGAUUGUCAAAAAAAUUGACAAAUUGCAAUUUUCCUCAUUUUUUUACAGCAGCCUAGUAAACACAACACAGGCCCAACAUGGAUGCUGCCAAAAAACAAGAUAUGCCACCACCAGGAGGCUAUAAGAAAAUUCCUUUUGCCCGUGUACCAGCUAAAUCCUAUUUUACGGGUUGGCAAAUGUUGGGUGCUUAUGCUGCUGUUACCACUGUCGGCAUGUACAUUUACUAUUUGAAUGCCAAAAUGAUUAAACGCGAAGAGAUUGAAAUGCGUUCGGCUCAGAAUGUCAUCUUUCCCAUUUUGAUUGCUGAACGUGAUCGUGAGUACUUGAAACAAUUGAGACGCAAUCGUGAUGAAGAAGCCAAAUUGAUGGCUAAUGUUCCCGGCUGGGAGGUUGGCACCUGGUAUGGUGAACCCGUUUUCAAAACAUUGCCCAAAGACAAAUUGGUCGAUCCUAGCUUUAGCGAAUUCUAUGUUCACAGCGAUUGGAAGGCUUUGGCUAAGCGUGCUCACAUCAAAUUGUGGUCUUAAAAAGUUCAACAAAUUGUUGUUUUCCUUUUAAAGGAAUUAACCUGCAAAACAGAAGCUUUUUCCUUUUUUAGUUUUAAUUAAGCGGUGAAAUCUUUAUGGUAUAAAAAACUAUUUAGAGAAAAUUUAUGAAUAAAUCGAAAGAAAUUCACAAA